AUGGCUCCGAUUCUUUCCUGGCGCCAAGCCGCUGUGGCAGCGCUGCUUUUCAAUGCAGCGGUGACGGCCAACUACGACGCUCGCCGAGAUAUCGAGUCCUCUGCUGACAAUAAGCGAGCUGUGGAUAUUGAUUCCAUCCGAUCGCGAAACGUCGACAUAAGGGACUUCGUGGAGAGACUAGGUGGUAGUGGCAGUGUCUUAGCCGCCCGAAGUGAUGCUGCUGCAAAAUCUCAAAACGCUGGAUCUUCAGCCGCCGAUGCCCCGGCACCCCCGGCUGGUGGUGCAGCUCCCCCGGCACCUCCGGCCGAUGGUGCAGCUCCCCCGGCACCUCCAGCUGCUGGUGCAGCUCCUCCAGCACCCCCGGCCGAUGGUGCAGCUCCUCCAGCACCCCCAGCUGCUGGUGCGGCCCCCCCGGCUCCGCCGGCUAAUGGUGCGGCCCCCCCGGCACCCCCAGCUGCUGGUGCGGCUCCCCCGGCCCCGCCGGCUGAUGGUGCGGCUCCCCCAGCACCCCCGGCGGCUGGUGCCGCACCUCCAGCACCCCCAGCCGAUGGUGCAGCUCCCCCGCCACCCCCUGCUGGUGGCGCCGCUUCUGGGAGCGCGGGUGAUGGCUCUGGUUCCAGUGGAAACGCGGGUGAUGGCUCUGGUUCUAGUGGAAACACGGGUGAUGCGUCUGCCCAAAGUGGCUCCAGCAGUUCAGCUCAAAAUGAUGGAUCUUCUGCUAACUCAGCUCCCUUGGCUGCUGAUGGUGCCUCAUCCAGCUCUCAGAGCUCUUCAUCGGACGCCCAAGCUUCGGGCUCAGGCUCUGGAAGUGCGGCUUCAGAAGUCAAUGCCGCCGCUCCGCCCCCGCCACCCGCCGAUGCUGCCGCCCCUCCGCCACCGCCUGCUGACGGAGCUGCACCUCCCGCUCCCCCGCCACCUGCUAAUGGCGCCGCCCCUCCUCCUCCACCGGAUGUCGCAGCCGGUAAUGGCACGGCACCACCCGUGGCAAAGGCUAAAGCAGAUGCCAAGGGCAAGGGAGCGGCUGCUCCCCUUGCAGCAGCCGCGAAUGGCACCGCCGCGGCGGCACCACCACCACCUCCCCCGGAUGCAAAGGACGCAAAGGCUAAGCUCAAGGCCAAGGACACCGCUUCUGCUGACCCCAAGAAAGCCAAGGACGCUACCGGCGGAGCCGCGGCGGCAGGAAAAGCGGCUGGCGGCAUCGGUAGUGACGCCAGCAGUAUGGCACGAAGGGGCUCUCGCUCAACCCGGCACGUCCGCAACAUCAAGCGUCGGAACCUCAUGGAUAACUGGGCCUGGUGA